AUGGGCAACGUCCUCUCCCUCGGCUUCAUGGCCAAGCUCUUUGGCACCAAAGAAGUCCGCGUGCUAAUGCUCGGUCUCGACGCCGCCGGCAAGACCACCAUCCUGUACAAGCUCAAACUGCAAGACCACGUCACCACCAUCCCGACAGUGGGAUUCAACGUGGAGACGGUUACGCUGCGCAACAUCAAGUUCAACAUCUGGGACGUCGGCGGCCAGGACAAGAUCCGUCCUUUGUGGCGCCAUUACUAUUCCGGCACCCAGGGUCUCAUUUUCGUGGUGGAUAGCGCGGAUCAUGCGCGCAUCGACGAGGCCAGGGUCGAGUUACAUCGGAUUAUCAACGAUCGCGAGAUGAAGGAUUGUUUGUUGUUGGUGUUUGCUAAUAAGCAGGAUAUUGCUGGUGCCAUGACCCCCGCAGAAGUCACCGAGAAGCUCCAGCUCAACAAGCUCAAGGACCGCAUCUACGCCGUACAACCCACCAUUGCGAUAGACAAGGCCGGUCUGCAGGAGGGGUUCAACUGGCUUUCCGAUAACAUGAAGGCUGCUCAGAAGCAGUGA